AUGGAGGAGUUAAAUUCAAUUCCAUUAGGUUAUAGAUUUUUACCAACAGAUGAUGAGCUUAUUGAGCAUUAUUUGAUGAAGAAAAUCAAUGGUGAAAAAUUACCAAAAAUUAAUGAUUUUCAAGAAAUAUGUAUCAAUAGUUAUCAUCCACAAGAAUAUUGCACGACGGAAAAUAAACACAAAAGAGGGGAGAAUUGGUACUUCUUCACAAGAAGGGAAAGAAAGUACAAAAAAGGAGGUAGACCAAAUAGACAAGUAGGAGGCAGCAAAGGCUUUUGGAAAGCUACUGGUAAUGAUGUAGAAAUAAUGAAAGAUGGUCAAAUUAUUGGGUACAGAAAGACACUUGAUUACCAAGAAGAAAAAGGAAUUAGAUCUAAGUGGAAAAUGCAUGAAUUUCGUAUUCAUAAAAAAGGUUUAUCACAUGAGUUGGACAAAAGUGUAUUGUGCGAGAUCUAUAUCAACAAAAGGACCAAUAAUAACGAUGAGGAUAUAGAUCAUCGCAACGAUGAAGAUAUUAUUCAAGCUACGAGCGAUAAUAUUAAUGAGGUUAUAAAUAUCAAUGACGAUAUUUUUAACAAUAUUAUUCAAGCUACGAGCUACAAUAUUGAUGAAGUCAGUGACAAUAACAAUAUUAUUCAAGCUAUGAGCUAUAAUAUGGACGUAGUUAAGUAUUUCAAUGGCUAUGAAAAUAUAAUUUAUCACGACGAUCCGAUUCCUGAAAAUAUCAACAUGAGGAUUGAUGAAAAAAAUUUGGAGCAUGGACCAAAUUUUGUAGGUACCAACAACUGUUUGGAGUUUUAUAAUGAUCAUCAAUUUGUUCAAGAAAUUAAUACUCCAAAUUUAAUUUCAUCAUCAAGUAAUCAUGUUGAUAAUAAUAUUUAUCAUUAUAAGGGUUUUGAUGAGCUUGGUGUGGUGGUACAACGAUAUGUACAAAAUGAUUGUGCCAAAAAUAAUUUUAUUCAAGCUACGAGCGAUAAUAUUGAUGAGGUUAAAAAUGUCGAUGACAAUGAUAAUAUUAUUCAAGCUACGAGCAACAAUAUUGACGAGGUUAAGAAUGUCAGUGGCAAUGACAAUAAUGUUUAUGAUUUUAAGGGUUUUGAUGAGCUUAGUGUAGUGGUACAACGUUAUGUACAGAUGAAAAAAUGA